AUGUUUGGCCGCUCGCGGAGCUGGGUGGGCGGGGGCCAUGGCAAGUCUUCCCGCAACAUCCACUCCUUGGACCACCUCAAGUAUUUGUACCACGUUUUAACCAAAAACACCACAGUCACAGAACAGAACCGGAACCUGCUAGUGGAGACUAUCCGUUCCAUCACUGAGAUCCUGAUUUGGGGAGAUCAGAAUGACAGCUCUGUGUUUGACUUCUUCCUGGAGAAGAAUAUGUUUGUUUUCUUCCUGAACAUCCUGCGGCAGAAAUCAGGCCGCUAUGUGUGCGUUCAGCUGUUGCAGACCUUGAACAUCCUCUUUGAGAAUAUCAGUCACGAGACCUCACUUUAUUAUUUGCUCUCUAAUAAUUAUGUAAAUUCUAUCAUUGUCCAUAAGUUUGACUUUUCCGAUGAAGAGAUUAUGGCAUAUUAUAUAUCAUUCCUGAAAACACUUUCGUUAAAACUCAACAACCACACUGUCCAUUUUUUUUACAAUGAGCACACUAAUGACUUUGCCCUGUACACAGAAGCCAUCAAAUUUUUCAAUCACCCUGAAAGCAUGGUUAGAAUUGCUGUCAGAACCAUCACGUUGAACGUCUACAAAGUGGAUAACCAGGCCAUGCUACAUUAUAUCAGAGAUAAAACUGCUGUCCCUUACUUCUCCAAUUUGGUCUGGUUCAUCGGGAGCCACGUGAUCGAACUUGAUAACUGUGUGCAGACUGAUGAGGAGCACCGGAAUCGAGGAAAACUGAGUGACCUGGUGGCUGAGCACCUGGACCACCUGCACUAUCUUAAUGACAUCCUGAUCAUCAACUGUGAGUUCCUCAAUGACGUGCUCACGGACCACCUGCUCAACAGACUCUUCCUACCCCUCUACGUGUACUCACUGGAGAACCAGGACAAGGGUGGAGAACAACGGCCCAAAAUCAGCUUGCCGGUGUCUCUCUAUCUUCUGUCACAGGUCUUCCUCAUUAUACAUCAUGCACCCCUGGUGAACUCGUUAGCUGAAGUCAUUCUGAAUGGUGAUCUGUCUGAGAUGUACGCUAAGACUGAACAGGAUGUUCAGAGAAGUUGUGCCAAGCCGAACAUUCGGUGCUUUGUUAAACCCACCGAAACACUCGAGCGGUCCCUUGAAAUGAACAAGCACAAAGGCAAGCGGCGGGUACAAAAGAGACCUAACUACAAAAAUGUCGGAGAGGAAGAAGACGAGGAGAAAGGGCCCACUGAGGAUGCCCAAGAUGACGCCGAGAAGGCUAAAGGUACAGAGGGUGGUUCAAAAGGCAUCAAGACGAGUGGGGAGAAUGAAGAGAUAGAGAUGGUGAUCAUGGAGCGCAGCAAGCUCCCAGAGCUGGCGGCCAGCACCUCCAUGCAGGAGCAGAACACCACAGAUGAGGAGAAGAGCGCCGCCACGGGCUUGGAGAGUGUGCAGUGGAACAGGCCCUUCCUAGACAUGGUGUACCAUGCCCUGGAUAGCCCAGACGAUGAUUACCACGCACUUUUUGUGCUCUGCCUCCUCUACGCCAUGUCUCACAACAAAGGCAUGGAUCCUGAAAAACUAGAGCGAAUCCAGCUCCCAGAGCCCAGUGCUGCUGAGAAGACCGUCUACAACCACCUACUGGCCGAAAGACUCAUCAGGAUCAUGAACAGUGCUGCCCAGCCAGAUGGGAAGAUCCGGUUGACAACACUGGAGCUGAGCUGCCUGCUCCUAAAGCAGCAAGUGGUGACCAGCACGGGCUGCAUCAUCAAGGAUGUGCACCUAGCCUGUCUGGAGGGUGCGAGAGAAGAAAGCGUUCACCUACUGCGGCACUUUUAUAAGGGAGAAGAAAUAUUUUUGGAUAUGUUUGAAGACGAGUACAGGAGCAUGACAAUGAAGCCCAUGAACGUGGAAUAUCUCAUGAUGGACGUCUCCAUCCUGCUGCCCCCCACGGGCACGCCACUGACGGGCAUUGACUUUGUGAAGCGGCUGCCAUGUGGUGACGUGGAGAGGACGCGGCGGGCCAUCCGGGUGUUCUUCAUGCUCCGUUCGCUGUCACUGCAACUGCGAGGGGAGCCGGAGACCCAGUUGCCACUGACUCGGGAGGAAGAUCUGAUUAAAACCGAUGACGUCCUAGAUCUCAACAACAGCGACCUGAUUGCGUGCACGGUGAUCACCAAGGAUGGCGGCAUGGUCCAGCGGUUCCUGGCUGUCGAUAUUUACCAGAUGAGUUUGGUGGAGCCCGAUGUGUCCAGGCUUGGCUGGGGAGUGGUCAAGUUCGCGGGCCUCCUGCAGGACAUGCAGGUGACUGGUGUGGAGGAUGACAGCCGUGCCCUAAAUAUCACUAUCCACAAGCCUGCCUCCAGCCCCCACUCCAAGCCCUUCCCCAUCCUCCAGGCCACCUUUGUCUUCUCGGACCACAUCCGCUGCAUCAUUGCCAAGCAGCGCCUGGCCAAGGGCCGCAUCCAGGCGAGGCGCAUGAAGAUGCAGAGGAUAGCUGCCCUCCUGGACCUCCCGAUCCAGCCAACCACUGAAGUCCUAGGAUUCGGACUCGGCUCCUCUUCCUCCCAGCACCUGCCUUUCCGAUUCUACGACCAGUGCCGCCGAGGCAGCAGUGACCCCACAGUGCAGCGCUCUGUGUUCGCGUCCGUGGACAAGGUACCAGGCUUUGCUGUGGCCCAGUGCAUAAACCAGCACAGCUCACCAUCCCUGUCAUCGCCCUCACCAUCUGCCAGCGGGAGCCCCAGCGGCAGCGGGAGCACCAGCCACUGCGACUCAGGAGGUGCCAGCUCCUCGUCCACCUCCUCUGUUGCCCAGAGCCCAUCAGAUGACGCCGUGACUCUGGAACAGCCGCAGCCUAACCUUCCCAACCAGUUGGUGAUCGUCAACGAAAUGGAAGCAGAUGCCAGGUCCUGCAAGAGCCUGGCCAAGAGUAUGGACGUGGAGACGGUCAGCCUGUCCCCCAGCCUCACCCCGGCCCAGCAGCCCGCCAUCUCCCUGCUCUGCGAGGACACGGCCGACGCGCUGAGCGUGGAGUCGCUGACCCUCGUCCCGCCUGUGGACCCCGACAGCCUCCAUACCCUGGCAGGCAUCCCCCCGCCACCCACUCUCGCCGCCGAGGGCACGGGGACCCCAGGCGCCGAGGGCACGGGGACCCCAGGCGAGGAGACUGCGCAUCCGGAGCCAGUAGGCUCCGCUGAGCACUAG